UUAUACUAAAUAACGUCAUUGCUUAUUUUGGAACCGGUUAUUGCACAAUAUCUAGACGGGCAUGUGAAAUUUUACAUCAGUAGAACUAAUGUGAACGGAGCAAACGGACUUUCGAACCAGCCAAAGGGGGCAUCCCAAAGCAAGCAAGGCAAAAAGGCCGAGCAAAAGCAAUCACAAGCGGCAAGAAAAGCAUUACUAAAACGACUUUUGUUGAUUCUAUCAACAUUUCUAGCCCAAUCACAACGACGGAUAUCCUACCGGACUUUGUUAACAUGCUUGGAGAACAGGAAAUUCUGUGCCUAUCGGAAGCUGGGGAGAUUGUUCCGAACACCCUUGAUGAACUCGUGGAUUACUUGGACAUCGAGGGGUCGGCGCUCGGUGGCGGGGAACAGUUUGAUGUCUUGCAUCGCACAGACUUCGAACUGUUCCAAGAUUUUACUACGUUCAGUACAGAAGACAAGUGGCCUAUUUGACACAGUUCAAGCUGGCAACGAGACUGUUGCUGGCAAGGCCUCGACACCUAUGUACCUGGGAAAGAUGGACCUGGGCGAAGGUCAGUUCCCAAUGACCGCUGGUCAGUGUCCAAUGACCACUGGGGAGGCUGACCUGGGAGGUCUGUUUGACCUUGCUAUGGAGGGGAUGAUGGAUGGGGAAUUCCUCAACAGCUUUACGGAUCUUUCCAACUUCUUUAUGACGGAGUCUGACGCUGCUAGCGCUGUUGUCAGUUUAGAGGAUUCAAACGGGAAACUGGAUUUCUCUGGAAUCGCUUCUCAGCUCAACAACGGGUCACCAGCGGUAGCAGCCUCUGCUCUUGAGGAAAUCCCGCGGCCAUCCGCCACUCCAGCACCAAGGAAACGUAAGUGCGUUCCUUACUUGGAAACUGCAGUUUCCAAAGAAAAUCUGAUCGACAUAGAAUCUUGUCUCCAGCCGGAGACGUCUGUGGCUGAUCAUGAUUAUGUUACUCGGAAAAAGCAGAGAUUGGCAACUCCGGUUGUUGUUGGUACUUCCGCAGCCGUGGACGUGAUAUCGACGACGGACGUGACCGCGAGUGACACCGACUCUGACGUUUUUAUCGAGAAACUGGGGCGAAAGAAGGACAAGUAUCGCCAGAGACGCGAUAAGAAUAACGAGGCAUCACGACGAUCAAGGCAGAUCAGGAAACGAAAGUUUGUUGAGAUGGACAAAGAGGCCGAUGAGCUAGAAGUGAAGAACGAAGCCUUGAGGAAGAAGAUUGUGGAGCUCGAGGCACUGGCGAAAACCAUGAAGGCUCAUCUCAUCCAGAAAAUGACAUCCAAAUAAAUUGUUAAAUCAAGAAAUAUUUGUUUUGGUAAUUUUCAAAGACACAAACAAUUUUUGUAAGAUAAAAAUUAAUUGCAGCGCGAUAUUUUUAACAAAAUUAUUUGUAAUUUUAUACAAAAUAUAUUAUUUUUGCUAAUAGUUCGUUCAUGUUCAGGUCAAUUUGGUUUUAAUAUAUUUUAAAUGUCUUUUGAUUACAGUUGAAUUAAAUUGUCUUUUUUUUCUGAUUGUCUUGAUUGUUGUUCAUAAUGGCAUGGCUGAAUGUAGGCAUAUCUUUGUCAUUUUUAUUUAAAAAAAACAUCUAAAAAAAGUAAAAAUACCAAAAAUACACAAAUAAAAAGUAUAAAGUUGAAAACUCAACAAAAAUCUUCAAAAGUAGUUGAAAACUCAACAAAAAGAAGAAAAUUGUUGUAAAUUCAACAAAAAGAACAUAACUUUUAAAUGAGAAAAAAAUAUGAAAAUUUAAAAUAUGUAAAAAAAAGUGUGUAAUUUUAUAUUAAUCAUGUUGUCAUCUACACUCUUUGUUUUCAUUUCACUUAAAACUGUGAACUAAGUCUUAAUCAGAAAAAAAUCUUAUUUAUUGAUGAAUACGUACAUUUGAUUUGUUAUGAAGCAAAUUGUUACGAAAAAAUAAUGCAAACAAACUUAAUAAAAUUUGAUAUCAGAAGAGAUUAUUUAUAGUUUUAUUUGCUUCACCCACUUUUUAUGCCAAGAUUGAAUGAUCGGGGUAAAUUGUUUUUGGCCUGUGUGUGUGUCUGUCAGUCUGUGUGUCUGUCACUAAACAUUAACCUUUUUCAUAACUUUUGCAAUAUUGAAGAUAGCAACUUGAUAUUUGGCAUGCAUGUGCAUCUCAUGGAGCUGCACAUUUUGAGUGGUGAAAGGCCAAGGGAAUCCUUCAAGGUCAAAUAUAUGGCUUCAAAGCGGCGCAGUAGGGGGCAUUGUGUUUCUGACAAACACAUCUCUUGUUUAAAAUGUUGCCAUUCCAUUUGGUAUUUUCCUUUAAAGCAAGAGGGCACAUAUGUUACAAAACCCUGCUUGUCUUAACAAGUUAUUUGUAUGUAUAGUGUUUUGUUGCACAAUAUGUGCUUGUUUUACUGUAGGGAUGUAUUUUCAUCUUAGUCAUUCUGGUGCAUUAAAAUAACCCUCUGAUCAUUCCUGUUAAUUGUUAGGGAAUUUUGUAACUUGUUUAAGUUUAUAAGCAAAAAAUGAAAAAGUGAAAAAAAUUCACUUACUUAAAUUAUCAUUUUCAAAUAAAUUUGAUUUUUACUGGACAUGUUUCGGUUAAUUCCGUUGUGUGUAAUUAUUUUAUCAUUAAAAAUAAAACAUUUCCUAAUAUUUUUUAGAAAUUUAUGUUGCUAAUCAUAAAAUGUUAACUUAUUUGUAUUCAUGUCACUUUCAUUGAUGUUAAAGUGCUCUUUUUGUUGUGUUGUAUACAUGAAUAGUAAUUUUCAGUUUUCAAGAAAGAAAAAUAAAUAAAAAAAAUGUUCAAUUUUGGUACAUUUUCCUUUUUAAAUAGAUGCAAUAUUUGUUUAACUUUUUUGUGGUCAUUAUGUCAUGUUUAAAUAUUUUAUCAUUAAAAUCACAAUUUCAAAUUGUUUUAGAAAUUUACUGUGUAAAUGUUUUUGCUGGUUCGAAUUCAUGUCAAUUUUUCAUUGUCUUGAUCAUAAUUAUUUUUUUUUUUACUGUAGUUUCUGUACACAUUAAUAGUAUUGAUUUAAAUUCAAUUUCCAGAUUUUUUGUAUGAUUUCAAUGACUUCAUAUUUAUACAUUUAUUUCUUACUGAAAAGUGGCGUUCUUACCUUUAAUCACCACUAUAUAUUGCUAAUUACUGUUACUGCUUGGGUUGUUGUAAGCUAUUUAUUGAACUGUUAAAUGUUUGUUUUGAUACCAUUUGUAUAGAUUUACAAAUAAAGUAUAAAUGCAUUAUAAA